AUGCCGGACAACAAAGGCGUGGGCUGGCGCAAGAAGAGCAAACCCAAGGAGCUUCAGCCGCUAAAGCUAGGCCUGGAUCAUCUCGUGGGCGCCGACGAUGCAAGCGAUAGACGUCGCCACCAUGGUUGGCGAAAGACGAUUCAAGGAAGUCGCCCUGCAACUCCUGCGACGGCACCGCCAGUGACGCCUACAGUGGAAGAGACUGAAGACGCGCUCUCUGAGCGUACUGAGCCCACCACACCACGUCGGGAUUCUAAACCCAAGCUGGUUCGAUACACCUCGCUGUUCAGCAGCUUCGCCAGCACACCUAAGGGGCCCGAGUUCUCCGAGCCAUGGGGCGAAGAGCCACUGCUGUUCGAACCCUAUGCGGAUCCCAAACUUGCAAUCGCAUCGAUACGCGCACACAUGGCCAGCUUUUCUAUGAAACCUAUUCCCCCGGAGCACAAUAACAACCUGUUCCGCAUCUUCGAAGACUACCACAAACGGAGAGAUGAGAUCGACCGUCUACGGAUCGCGCUCAAGGAGUUGAGCGAGAGACAACUUCAGUACGAGACAGGCUGGGCAGACUAUGAGCGUCAAUAUGCCGAGGAGAUACGUCGUCUCGAGCUAUUGAUUGCGCAAGGCGUCACAGGCGUGGCAGGGUACAAGAUGCGUGUCAAUCAUCAUUUGGCUCCCAAGUAA